GUUUGGCCUGUAGAGGCUGUAGAGACGCAAGAUGGCGGAGAAGAUGUCUGGCGGUUCGCAGAAAGCGGGCUCAAAGCAACCUCUCUUAGACAGCAAGCUUAAAGCAUUCAGCAUUGGGAAAAUGAGUACGACAAAGAGAACACUAAGCAAGAAGGAGCAAGAGGAACUGAAGAAGAAGGAGGAUGAAAAAGCUGCUGCAGAGAUUUACGAGGAAUUUCUUGCUGCGUUUGAGGGUGCUGAUGCCAGCAAAGUUAAAACAUUUGUCAGAGGGGGCAUUGUCAAUGCCACAAAAGAUGAACAUGAGGCGGAUGAGAAGAAGGGCAAAUUGUAUAAGCCUGCCUCACGGUUUUCUGAGCCCAAACCUCAGCCAGCACCUGUUGAGAGACCACCCCCUCCAAUUUUACUUAUAGAACCUAAGAAACCGAUAUUAAAGAAAGGAGAGAAGGAGAAGAAGAAAAGUAAUUUGGAGCUUUUUAAAGAAGAACUCAAACAGAUUCAGGAAGAGAGGGAUGAACGGCACAAAACAAAAGGCAGAAUGAGCAGAUUUGAACCUCCACAAACAGAUGGUGAAGGACAGAAGCGUUCAGUAGAUCCUCAAUCAAGAAGAAACCGAGCCUCUGGUACUCUUGAUGACUACGCCCCGGGAUCGCAUGAUGUUGGGGAUCCGAGCACAACCAAUUUGUAUCUAGGAAACAUCAACCCUCAGAUGAAUGAAGAGAUGCUGUGCCAGGAGUUCGGGAGGUUUGGCCCAUUGGCUAGUGUUAAAAUCAUGUGGCCACGAACAGAUGAGGAGAGAGCACGAGAAAGGAACUGUGGGUUUGUUGCCUUCAUGAACAGACGAGACGCUGAAAGGGCACUGAAGAACUUGAACGGAAAAAUGGUUAUGUCCUUUGAAAUGAAGCUAGGGUGGGGAAAAGCGGUGCCUAUCCCUCCACACCCAAUAUAUAUUCCCCCGUCUAUGAUGGAGCACACACUUCCACCCCCUCCAUCCGGUCUGCCUUUUAAUGCCCAGCCUAGAGAACGCCUCAAGAAUCCGAAUUCUCCCUUGUUGCCACCACCGAAAAAUAAGGAAGAUUUUGAGAAGACUCUGUCGCAAGCCAUAGUCAAAGUGGUUAUCCCAACAGAAAGGAAUUUACUCGCUCUGAUCCAUCGUAUGAUCGAAUUUGUGGUGCGUGAAGGUCCAAUGUUUGAAGCAAUGAUCAUGAACAGAGAAAUCAACAAUCCAAUGUUCAGGUUCCUGUUUGAAAACCAGACGCCAGCGCAUGUAUAUUACAGGUGGAAGCUUUACUCAAUAUUACAGGGAGAUGCUCCUAUAAAAUGGAAAACAGAAGACUUCCGAAUGUUUAAGAAUGGCUCUUUCUGGAGGCCACCACCUUUAAAUCCAUAUUUACAUGGCAUGGCCGAAGAACAGGAAGCAGAAACUCUUGUUGAGGAGCCCAUCAAAAAAGGAUCACUCAAGGAAGAACAAAGGGACAAAUUGGAAGAAGUGUUACGCGGGUUAACUCCACGGAAGAACGACAUUGGGGAAGCUAUGAUGUUCUGUCUUAACCAUGCAGAAGCAGCAGAAGAAAUUGUAGAUUGCAUAGCAGAAUCGCUGUCAAUAUUGAAAACCCCUCUCCCAAAAAAGAUCGCCAGACUAUACCUGGUUUCAGAUGUCUUAUAUAACUCUUCUGCUAAAGUUGCCAAUGCAUCCUACUAUAGAAAAUACUUUGAAACUAAAUUAUGCCAAAUUUUUGCUGAUUUGAAUGCUGCCUAUAGAGCCAUACAGGGUCACCUUCAGUCAGAGAAUUUUAAGCAACGUGUUAUGGCGUGCUUCCGUGCCUGGGAAGACUGGACGAUUUAUCCUGAGCCCUAUUUGAUCAAACUACAAAACAUUUUCCUUGGUCUUGUAAAUAUUGAAGAAAAAGAACCUGAGGAGAUAGUCGAUGACUUGGAUGGGGCCCCAAUUGAGGAAGAAUUAGAUGGAGCUCCAUUGGAGGAUGUUGAUGGGCUUCUUAUUGAUGGUGCCCCACUGGAAGAUUUUGAUGGUUUACCGUUAAAAGCUCUUGAUGAUGAUUUGGACGGUGUCCCAUUGGAUAUCGGUGAUGAAAAAAAGAAUGAGCCAAUUUUUAAAGUUGCCCCAUCUAAAUGGGAAGCUGUAGAUGAAUCAGAGCUGGAGUCUCAAGCAGUAACAACAUCUAAAUGGGAGGUGUUUGAUCAACAUGAGGCAUCUGACGAAGAAGAAAAUAUAAAUCAAGAAGAAGAAAGUGAGGAUGAGGAUGACACGCAAAGUUCUAAGUCAGAGGACCAACACUACUACAACCCAAUUCGAGAUGACAUGUCUGAUUCUAAAUCCAUGAAAUACUCUGAAAUGAGUGAAGAGAAGCGUGCCAAACUUCGAGAAAUUGAGCUGAAGGUAAUGAAGUUCCAGGAUGAAAUUGAGUCUGGUAAAAGGCCAAAGAAGUCUGGACAGAGUAUUCAGGAGCAGGUUGAACAUUACAGAGACAAGCUGCUACAGAGGGAGAGAGAAAAAGAAGUGGAAAGAGAAAGAGACAGAGAUAAGAAAGAUAAAGAGAAGUUUGAGUACAGAUCAAAAGAAAAAAAGGAUGACUCUACACCAACCAGAAAAGAGAGGAAAAGGCGUCACAGUGGAUCUCCCAGUCCAUCACGUAGCAGCAGCAGUAAACGAGGCAAAUCUCCUUCACCAAAAUCUGAACGCUCAGAAAGGUCGCACAAGGAUAACUCACGAUCCAGAUCCUCUCAUAAAGACUCUCCCAGAGAUGUUAGUAAAAAGGGCAAAAGGUCACCUACAGGCUCUCUGACACCUAAAAGAUCUAGAAGAUCACGGUCGCGGUCCCCAAAAAAGUCUGUGAAGAAGUCCAGGUCCCAGUCCAGAUCCCCUCACAGAUCUCACAAAAAGUCAAAGAAAAGCAAACACUGACAUACCAUCAAUCUUGCUUUUUGUUUUUCUUCUUUUUUUAUGAAGAUGUCAGUUAAUGAUUUUUUUUCUCUGUGCCUGAGAAGUCAUUAAAAAAACUAAAUAAAAAAUGUCAAAAAAAAAAUGAGAUAAAAAUAACAAAUCCUAUACGGCAGCAUUCCUACAUUUGUUGUGAAUGCAUGUGUAUAUUUCUGAGCAAUUGCAUCUGUAGAAUUUGUCAUUGUUUUAUAUUGUAAAAUAUCCUGUUGACUGUGGCUAUGUAAUUCCUCUAAAAGGAACCAUUUUGUGCUAGGAUUCACACAACUGUGUAUAUGAUCUGCUGGCAGUAGAUUAUUAUAUAUAUUUUUUUUCCUUUUUAUUUUUAUUUUAUUUUAUUUUUUUACCUUCCCGUAAUCUCCGUUUUAGUAUGUUGUGAGAAAAAUAUAAAUGCAUUGUCCCCCAUGCCCUCUUGUUUUGUAGCUUUGAAAAUUUGCGUUAGGUUUCAAUUAAAUAAAAUCUGAACUGAUUAUUACC